AUGGCCACAAUCCACGAUGACGAUGAGCUACUGCUGGCUCGAAUUGGGUAUAAACAGGAAUUGCGACGAGAAUUCUCCAAAUGGUCAACCGUCUCAUAUGCCAUCUCAAUCCUGGGCGUGCUGGGCUCCGUGCCUGCGACAUUCGGUGCGCCGUUGUCGGCUGGCGGUCCCGCAACCGCCGUGUGGUGUUGGCUGAUUGGCUCCGUUAUGGCGAUGUGCAUUGGAAGCUCAGUAGCGGAGCUAGUAUCAGCAUAUCCUACGGCGGGAGGAAUGUACUUUGUCACGAAACACGUCGUACCUCCCGACCAGGUUCCGAUCUUUUCGUGGAUUCAGGGAUGGUGUAACCUCCUCGGCCAGACUGCUGGCGUGUCGAGUGUGGCAUAUACUGUCAGCCAGAUGUUACUGGCUUGUGUCAGUAUGAACUCGGAUCUUGUCGAUGGCAAAUAUUCGUAUUCACCGACUGCGCUGGAAACCGUUUUGGUGUCAAUCGCACUACUAUGUGUACUUGGGGUUAUAUGUUCCCUUACAACAAAGUCUUUACAUCGAAUCAUCUUGUGGUUUGCUCCGAUCAACAUCGGCGCCACAAUCGCCAUCUGCAUUGCGUUGAUAACCCUAACCCCCAACAAACAGCCAGCUUCCUGGGUCUUUGGCCACUUCACCGAUGGCUCAGGGUGGGGCUCAAAAGUGUUCUCCUUUUUCUUGGGAUUCCUGUCUGUGGCCUGGACAAUGACAGACUACGAUGGGACAACACAUAUGUCCGAAGAGACCCAUGAUGCAGCCGUACGAGGCCCAAUUGCCAUCAAAACAGCCGUUCUAGUCUCUGGAGCAUUCGGAUGGCUUCUAACAGUCUCAAUGUGUUUCUGUCUAACAGACUUCGAAGGAAUCCUAAACUCCCCCACCGGCCUUCCAGCCGCUCAAAUCUUCCUCAACGCCGGUGGGAAGCGAGGUGGCACAGCAAUGUGGGCAUUCGCAAUUCUAGUUCAAUUCUUCACAGGCUGCUCAGCUAUGCUGGCAGAUACAAGAAUGGCCUAUGCUUUCGCCCGGGAUGACGCUCUUCCGUUCUCAAAAUUCCUAUCAAAAGUCAAUCCCCACACCCACACGCCCGUCAACGCCGUGUGGUUCGUGGUUAUAUUCAGCAUUAGCUUGAACUGCAUCGCCAUCGGUUCUACGCAAACGGCUACUGCUAUCUUCAACAUUACUGCUCCGGCACUGGACCUGUCCUAUGUUUCUGUUAUCCUUGCUCACCAACUGUACAAGUCCAAGGUCAAGUUCAUUGAGGGUCCCUUCACGCUUGGGAGAUGGGGUACCCCUAUCAACUACGUUGCUGUUAUAUGGGUCUUGUUCAUCAGUACUAUACUCUUAUUCCCUCCACAGUUACCUGUGACACCUGCAAACAUGAAUUAUGCUAUCUGUGUUGGUGGUUUCAUUGCCGCUUUUGCAAUGGUUUGGUGGUGGGUUGCGGCUCGGGGGAAAUAUACCGGCCCUCGGACCAAUGAUAUCAUUCAAGAGAUUCCUACCGAGGAUAAUGAUGAUGAUGACGGUGAAGGAUCUGAUGAUAUCUCCGUUUAG